UAACCAACCUUCACGAAUUCAUCAUGGGAAAGGAAAAGGUCCAUAUUAACAUUGUCGUCAUCGGACAUGUCGACUCCGGAAAGUCCACCACCACUGGACACUUGAUCUACAAGUGCGGAGGAAUCGACAAGCGUACCAUUGAGAAGUUCGAGAAGGAAGCUCAAGAAAUGGGAAAGGGAUCCUUCAAGUACGCCUGGGUUCUCGACAAGCUGAAGGCCGAGCGUGAACGUGGUAUCACCAUCGAUAUUGCCCUCUGGAAGUUCGAGACUGCCAAGUACUACAUCACCAUUAUUGAUGCCCCAGGACAUCGUGAUUUCAUCAAGAACAUGAUUACCGGAACCUCCCAAGCCGAUUGCGCCGUUUUGGUCGUCGCCUGCGGAACCGGAGAGUUCGAGGCCGGAAUCUCCAAGAACGGACAAACCCGCGAGCAUGCUCUCCUUGCCCAGACCCUUGGAGUCAAGCAGCUCAUCGUCGCUUGCAACAAGAUGGACUCCACCGAGCCACCAUUCUCUGAGGCUCGUUUCACUGAGAUCACCAACGAGGUCUCCGGAUUCAUCAAGAAGAUCGGAUACAAUCCAAAGGCUGUUCCAUUUGUCCCAAUCUCCGGAUUCAACGGAGACAACAUGCUUGAGGUCUCCUCGAACAUGCCAUGGUUCAAGGGAUGGGCUGUUGAACGCAAGGAAGGAAACGCUUCCGGAAAGACCCUCCUCGAGGCUCUUGACUCCAUCAUCCCACCACAACGCCCAACUGACCGACCACUCCGUCUUCCACUCCAGGAUGUGUACAAGAUCGGAGGAAUUGGAACCGUCCCAGUCGGACGUGUUGAGACCGGAAUCAUCAAGCCAGGAAUGGUCGUCACCUUCGCCCCACAGAACGUGACCACUGAAGUCAAGUCCGUCGAGAUGCACCACGAGUCUCUUCCAGAGGCCGUCCCAGGAGACAACGUCGGAUUCAACGUCAAGAACGUUUCCGUCAAGGACAUCCGUCGUGGAUCCGUCUGCUCCGACUCCAAGCAAGAUCCAGCCAAGGAGGCCCGUACCUUCCACGCUCAGGUUAUCAUCAUGAACCAUCCAGGACAAAUCUCCAAUGGAUACACUCCAGUUCUUGAUUGCCACACCGCUCACAUCGCCUGCAAGUUCAACGAGCUUAAGGAGAAGGUCGAUCGUCGUACCGGUAAGAAGGUUGAGGACUUCCCAAAAUUCCUCAAGUCCGGAGAUGCUGGAAUCGUCGAGCUCAUCCCAACCAAGCCACUUUGCGUUGAGUCCUUCACCGACUACGCUCCACUCGGACGUUUCGCCGUUCGUGACAUGCGUCAAACCGUCGCUGUCGGAGUCAUCAAGUCUGUUGAGAAGUCCGAUGGAUCAUCCGGAAAGGUCACCAAGUCCGCCCAGAAGGCUGCUCCAAAGAAGAAGUAAACACUUGGGUCACUGCUUCCUUCAUUCAACCUUCUCAUGUUACUCCUUCGCUUAUCUGUUAUCCUGUUAACCCCCUCCCACCCAUAGCUUGUAAUAUAACUUUCAAAACUCUAAUUUUUUUGAGCAUGGGUGCUCAUUGUUCAUCUCGUCCACGCAGCCUUUUGUACAAAAGUCGUGUGUUUGGGCAACACUUUUUUGUUUCAAAAAACCGUCCAUCCAAAAAAACCUUCGCUACGUAUUUAUUAAGGCUCGUUAUGUUUUCCCCAAAACAAAGCGGUCUUCAUCAAAAAUAAUAAAUACAGUUACUUGUACCAUUUGAUCAUCACUAAUGACUCCCCCCGACCCCCCCCCCCAAUCCUCCCACUCCAAAAAUCCUUUAAAAACUGUUAUGUUAAUAUGUCAUGCAUUGUUUUGUCGCAUUCUGUCAUCCAUCGUUUUGUUUCGAAAGUUUGUGUGCAAAUAAUUGACGAUAUAUUCACAAAUAAAAAAUAUUUUGUUAUUG